CUCCUCGUUCAGCUCCAGUGCCUUCUCCUCGUCUCAGACCUCCUCUCAUUCGUUUUCCCACCCUUAAGUCUAAACACACUCCUGCCUCGUUGCCCCCUCCCCUCCCACCCAGAGUGGGCGAGAUGGAGGCAGAAAACAGGUUGAAGGCCAACAUCAACGUUGUGUCCCUCAGGGUUGGACAACUGGUCAACAUCAGCCCAGACCAGGAGACGUCUCAGAGCCCAGUGGUUUGUGGGAGAUGUAGUGCUGCCUUGUCAUGUCUGAGUUCUCCACAGAGGAACAUGUGGGCGUGCGAGUUUUGUGGAUGUGCAAACAGCGUGCACGUGGAUGUGAAGGGAGCGUGCACGGGUCGGUGCACAGGCGACCACAGUGACGACCUUUACCUGCUGAGCGAGAUCAACGACGACUACCAGAACCUGGAGGACUCGCUGGUGGUGUUCUGUGUGGACAUAUCUGGCAGCAUGAGCGUCACCACAGAGGUCCCGUCGAGCAGUGGACGUCUAGCGUACGUAUCCAGGCUGGAGGGCAUCCAGGACGCCCUCCAGAGGGCGCUGUCAUCCAUGCUGCAGGAUUCCCCACACAGGAGAGUGGCACUGGUGACUUUCAGUGAUGAGGUCGUGAUCUACGGCGAUGGCACCAGUUCUCCUGUAACUCUCAGGGAUUGGGCGUUGGUCGACUACGACCACAUAUGGGGACAGGGUGUGGCCUACAGCAUCCCACACUGCAUUGCGGAAACGUUCCAGCAACUGAUUCAAAGAGUCAAAGACCUCACGGAACACGGGGCCACGUGUCUCGGCCCUGCGGUGUUAGCCUCGGUUGCCAUGGCGUCAAGGUACCCUGGGUCAAAGGUGAUUCUGUGUACUGACGGCAGAGCCAACAUCGGACUGGGUGAGAUGGAGCAAACUCCGUCCCCUUCGCUCCUGACACCACAUUUCUACAGACAGCUGGCCCAGCAGGCUGUGGACAGUGGAGUCAUAAUAUCAGUGAUGAGCUUUGAGGGGACGGACUGUCGCUUGGCUGAUGUCGGGAGAUUGGCAGACACGACGGGAGGAAGGGUGAACAUCGUGUCUAUUGGUACCAUAGCAACGGAGAUCCACUCAGCAUCCAUGGACAACGUCCUAGCGACGGGAGUCACGGCAACACUGGUUGCUUGUGAUGGAAUUUUUUUCCCCCACGAGGAUGAAACCGAUCACAAACUGGUGAGGGAGAUAGGGAACGUGACCAGUGGGCUCGAGAUCACCUUCGAGUUCGCCGUCAAACCGGAGUUCAUGGAGGAUUUCCUUCAGAAGGACAAACUCCCAUUCCAACUCCAGCUGAGCUUCAAGACCAGAGAUCAACAUCGAGUCACUCGCAUCAUAACCGAGCGACGACCAGUGACCUCCUGCAGUCGGAUCGGUGCCGGUAGUUUCAACAUGGCGGUGCUCGGCGUGCACGGUGCUCAGCUCUGUGCCAGUUUAACCAUGGAGGGUCGAGUGCAGGACGCACAGAAGCAACUGAAGGCACAGCAAGACCUGCUGACACAAAUCAGUGAGCAAAGGCCGAUCGAAACGGAGGAGAGGAUCUACGGCAACUGGAUGGACACCAUGACAACUAUCUGUGACGACAUCACGGCAGAGUCCCACAUGCUCUCAGACGAAGCAGCCGAGGUCAUGUACCAGAUGAGGAGAGCGACCAGCGUCGGCAACCAAAACAGCAACGCAACUCAGAACCAGCAGAAGCCCGCGAAGAAGAAAAAGACCUUCAUAAUGAAAAGAAAGUAAAAAAAAAAAAAACCUCAGUGGACCAGAACUGAACUGAAAAUGAUUUUAGUGAAAAUGACUUUAACGCUGUAAAGACGUGAACGAGACCAUGGAUACGGUGCAAAGGUGAAUGAGAUCGAUUGGAUGAAAGCUUUGACGCUACGACUCGAUCGAGGGAUGGAGGCAUCGGCGCUGGAUGAUCGCGGCGAGAGAAUCAAUGACAUGUCAGACCAGGGACGAGUGGGAGUUCUAUUUAUGUGUCACAAGGACUGACGACGUCAAAGCGGAGAAAUCUUUUUAUACGUUUUAUAUUUAUAUGGAUUUCUGUUUUUCCAGGAUCGAUUCUAUUUGUUUCAUGUGAGAUAAAAUC